AGUAUUUAUUGCUCAACUUAUCUAAUAUUUAUGUCUUUACCUAAUGUAUUCCUAUAAAUUUCUGUUUGUCAUUUAUCAAGAUGAAUUGUUUUAAUUUUUCUCCAUUAAAGUGUAUAAUUUGGUGAUUUUAACUGAUAUGUCGAGCUGAGUUCUCCCGUCGAGAUAGGUUUCGCCGUGUUUUUUUUUAAAGCUGGUGAAUCACUCGAAACCAUGCUCGAAACGCUUCUUUUGCCGUCUUUAGCUACAGUUUCCAUUCAGUACAAGUCUUUAUUAGGCAUCUCCAGAUGUCGACAGUUAGCCGGUGAGUGAAUUGGCACAAAUUUCUGUUUGUGUGAGAGGUAUUCAACGGCAGUCUGCUGUCAAUAAGAGGUGAACAGGACCCUGCUGUAUGGCAGUACAGUGAAAUAAACUUUAGCAAAAAUAUCAUCCAAGCACCAGGAGUGUCUUUCCAAUCCACUGGGAUCCUGACCUCUGCAGUGUCUAUUCACCUGGAGGAAAGAUGGAAAGAAAGUGGGAAGAGAUUUUCUUCUAUCUUUCCCAACGAUCCUUCCCAGAGGAGUUUCGGAAAUCUCAGAGGCAAAACCUCAGGAGAUAUGCCACCAAAUUCACAUUGAAGGAAGGAGAACUUUACUUUGGAAACAGAAAGGUCGUUAAGACCAAGGAGGAGGCAAAGGAACUUUUUAAAGAGUUUCACAUUUCGCCAACUGGUUUUCACAUGGGAAUUGUGAAAACAAGGUCAGCUAUGUGCACCAAGUUUUACUGGCAUGGCAUAUCUGUGGAUGUGGACAAAUGGGUUGCAGAGUGUGAUAACUGCCAAAGGGUUGGCAGACCUUUGACUUAUGGUCAGAAACGCAAAUAUGUUAAGCGUUCCCUUGGCCUGAAAUUCAUGAUGGCACAGAGUAUUUUAUUGGAGGUGUGCGUGGAUUCCGUGGAGUCUGCUGUCAAUGCUGAGCGAGGAGGUGCUGGUCGACUGGAGUUGUGUUCAAGUCUUAUGGAAGGAGGUCUGACUCCCAGUCUUGGUCUUCUACAGGUAGUAAAGCAGUAUAUAAAAAUUCCAGUCUAUGUAAUGAUACGGCCUCGAGGUGGGGACUUCCUUUAUUCUGACCAAGAAGUGGAGGUGAUGAAGAAGGACAUUGAGCUGAUGAAGAUGCAGGGAGCAGAUGGUGUAGUGGUAGGCGCCCUGACAGAGACUGGAGGGGUGGAUGCAGGUCUCUGCAUGGAGCUGAUAGCUGCUGCUCGUCCUCUGCCUUUGACCUUCCAUCGAGCUUUUGACAUGGCCUUCGACCCAGCAGUUGCUCUGGAGACUCUGAUAUCGUUAGGAUUCGAGCGGGUGCUGACGAGUGGCUGCGACAGCUCUGCUUUGGAGGGGCUGCCCGUUAUUAAACGGCUCAUCGAUCAAGCCAAAGGGAGGAUAAUUGUAAUGCCAGGUGGUGGCAUUACAGAGAGGAACCUGCAGAGAAUACUGGAGGGCUCUGGAGCUGAGGAGUUUCACUGCUCAGCUCGCUCCAGCAGAGACUCUGCAAUGAAAUUCAGGAACUCCUGCGUAACGAUGGGAGCUACGAUAUCAGCGCCUGAGUACGGCCUGAAGGUGGCAGAUGCCAGCAAAGUCCGGAGUCUGAAUGCAAUCGCCAAAAAUACCUUGUGAUACCUCAAAAAGAUGAACAGUUUUUUUUUCAUACAUUCAUUUUCAAAUGGCCUCAGCACUAGUUUUCUUUAAUCAGAGCAUUCACAUUUAAACAAUCUGUGUACUUUUGAAGCUCAGGGAAAGCACUGCUGUCUUACAUGCUGUUAAUGAAGGUUUGUUCCUGAACAGAAAGCUGUGGAUCAUUCACAGGUGUGUUUGUACUUGUACUUUUGAGGCGCAGAACACAAAAAGAACAGCAUUUUGCACAACAUUGUGGGAAAACUGGACAAAAAUAUAAAAAAAAAACAAAGAGUCAUAAAACCACAAAAGAACAUAAAACAGUUGAACAAUUGAAAGAAUAAAACAAAGAAACAAAUUCACAAUGAAAGUACAUUCAGUGCAAUGUUGGAACUGUUUUGUUUCCUUAGCUGUGUUCUUUUGCUUUCUGUUUUUGAUUUUUCAUUUAGCUGUUUUGUUCUGAUACCAUUGUGUUUUGCAUAUUUCAAUUGAACCAAUUUUGAGCUAAGAUGUGUGGAGAGUUUUAAAACUCUGGGUUUGAUUUGUAAAAUAAUAAACAUGAUCAGAUCUCUGGAUCUAAGAAAAAAAAAAGAUAUUCGUUCAAUCUGGUUUAUUUAUAUAGUGCCAAUUCACAACAUGCCAAUUUUACAAAAAAAAAGUUAAUUCGGUCCAGUCAUACAUAUUUAAAUUCAAGUACAUACGUUCAAGUUGUUCACAGUUGUCAAAAAACCCAAUCAAGCUUUUGAAUUUGUUCACAAGGUAGAGGGAGAAGAUGAUGCUCAUGGAACUAAGAUGCUGAUGUGUUAAAAGAAAAUUGUUUGCUUUUUUUUUUUUCUUUUCAAGUGUGCCCUGACUUUCACAAAGUUUCAACUCACAUUUACACACAUUUGUAUGCAUUCAAUAAACAGUUUAUAUUGUGUAACUUUAGGGAUGCACAAAGAGGUCAAGAUGGUAAUGAUGCUGUUGAUAAAUAUUUAAAAAAUAUAGGUUAUUCCCAUGUUUAAAGUCCCUAUAUGUAGCAAAAAGUUGCCUAAAACGUUCAUCUCAGAUAAAUUCUUUUUCUUUGAAAAAAAAAAACCCUCUCAUAUUUACCAAAACUAUUAGUCAUUUGUGACCUAAAAUACCCCAAAACAAAACUAUACUUUAACUUGUUAAUGAUAAUAUGCCUCUUUUGAUUGGUUAUGCUGGCUAAUAUCGAAGUGUGGCAUUUAGUACCUGUCCAGUUUCUAAGUUAAGUUUCUUUUUCAUGAUUGAUUAAAACAAGACACAUUACACUAAAAUGACCUCUAAACACAUUCCUACCAGCAGCAGCAGUGUAGUUGUAUUUAGAACAGUGAAUAUAGUAUUUUUUAUCAUGUAUUGGUGUCACGUUGCUGUCCUGGGAGCUGCAAGAACAUUGAGUCAGCAUGACUAUGUCCUUGUGAAAUUAGUAAAUGUUUAAUGAUUACCUACAACACAGUAGGAGUCAUCUCUUUCAUGGCCAUUGAAGAUAGUCAGAACCCCCACCCACACACACACACACGCGCACACACACGCGCGCACGCAUAUGAUCUAAUUCCAUUUGAGACUAUAUUUACAGAGAUGGACUUUAAGAACCUUUCCAUCACAUAGAUAUAGCUCAUUGGUAAUACAAAGUAUUCAUCUAUUUUGAAUAAGAUCAGUCGGGGUUGAUUUUGUGCACUGAGUUGUUUAUCAGCUCUGAUAACACCAGUGCCAGUCAGACACGGAUAAUAAGCUAAUGGUAGCAGCCUGCAUGAUAGUGAACUUUUUAAUUGCCCAUAUUUCCGGAAAGAAAAAUCACCUAAAUCACGAGUACUUGUCUUUGUGAACUUUUGCAGUACAAACAACAACAACAACAACAACAAAAGAGUUGAAAUAUAGCAAAUUACUAAAAAACAUUUUUCUUAAGUAGGACAAUGUUGUUUUUUUAAGGAUCUUUGUAUCCACGUUUGUCAGUGCGACUGAGUAAAUGCAGCCCAAAUGUAAAGUGCUUUAAGUAGUCAAUAUGACUUAGGAACGAACUAUAUAAAUUCAAUCUAUUGGCCAUUUUACAGUUUCAUUUAUCUUUCAGUUACACUUGGUUAUUAUCAGGCUGUGAUCUAAUGUCUAUAGUUGGAACUUCUUCUUUUUAAAAUGAAUCAAGUGCAACUAAUUUGUCCACUUCUAAACAUUUGAUGAAGCUUUAAAGCAAUCUAAUAAAAACAUGAGUUGAUUCAAAUCAUAUCGAAGUUGAAUUUAGGAAAACCGUUUUUUGAAUUAUUUUCCUCUCUUUACCCAUACAGACAAACUCUUAAUUGCACAUCUGUGUCAUUUCUCUUGGGUUGAACUUAUGUAGAUUUGCACCAUAAAAUCCAUCCCCUAUGCAUGCAGGCUGCUUGUAGCUGUUGGUGGUAAUCUACAGUGAUUCCUAGAAGGUAGUGUUACAAGGUGGACGUGAAUUGGAAUGAGUGCAAUUUAGCCACAAAGUAGAAGGCCUCGUUAAGUCACAGCAGAGUCAGCGGAUGCUGAGGUACAUGGUGUGCAAAGGUCACAGCUUUUUACAGAACUUCCAAUUCUAUAUGGCAUUUAGUUUAUCUCAGAGAGCUUCAUGAAAUGGGUCUUAUGGUUGAAAUCUUGCAAUCACCAAGUCCAUGGUAAAGGAUGCUGUUUACAUUACCUUAGAAAUAACAUCCAAGGCGAAGGAUGCUGUUUCCACAUUAGAGCAGUGGAAACGUGUUUUCUGGAGAGACAAAUCAUUUGUCUGUCUGGCAUUCCAGUGAAUAAACUUUGUUUGGUGUUUUCAA